AUGGCCGGCCCCGUGGACGCCCGUGACGAGAGCGCAAAGCCUCAGUCCUCGACCGCGCCGACGUCGACGUGGGCACGCAUUCGUAUCAAGGCAGUCAAGAUUUUCAAGCUCGUCUUGGCGCAAUGGCUCGUUAUCGGAGGUGGACCGAUCAGGUCAGAGUACACCAUCAUCUACGGCGGCAUCGCCAUCAUCUUCCUCGUCAGCGGGCUACAACUCUCGCAUGCGAAGCUGAGGCAGAACGUAGCCAACUGGCGGUUGCAUAUUAUUGUUCAGGGGAUCAGCUUUAUCGUCAUCCCCGUGAUCCUACUAAUUAUCGUUCACAUCAUCAUCGCAGCAGGCGGCCUCCGCACCCAAGCCCUCUCAACCCCCAUCAUCGUGGGCAUGGUCGUCGCCUCCUGCCUCCCGACGACAAUCGCCUCCAACGUCGUUAUGACCCGCGCCUCGGGCGGCGACGACGCCGCCGCCAUCAUCGAGGUCGUCAUCGGCAACGUGCUGGGCAGCUUCAUCUCUCCUGGUCUGAUUUACGGCUUCAUCCCCAAGACGCCCGAGUUCGCCGACUGGCAGCCUGCGAAUCCGAGUACCCUGGGCGCCAUGUACGCCAAUGUCCUGAAGCAGUUGGGUCUGAGUGUUUUGUUGCCGUUGGCUGUGGGACAGGUUGUGAGGUGGUUUUGGGAGAAGAAGGUCGAUUGGGCGCUGAGGACGUUUUAUCUUGCCAAGGUGUCGACGUUUUGUCUUAUUCUGCUUGUUUGGACAACCUUCUCAGCAGCCUUCAAGACAGGCGCCCUCUACGUAACCCCCCACCCCUCCAUAAUCUUCAACGUCUUCAUGAACGUUGCCCUCUACGCCCUCUUCACCCUCAUUUGCUUCUACGCCGCCCGCCCUCCCUUAGCGCUCUGCAACGCAAUCAACCCCCGCCUCGCCGACUCCCGUCCCCUGCAGUCCCGUUGGGUGCCCAACUUCCUCCGGCGUGCCCUGACAGUCCGACAGCUGCCGAGGGAGCAGAUGAUUGCCGUAUGCUUCUGCGGCGCGGCCAAGACGACGUCACUUGGUAUUCCUUUGGCGACGGCUAUGUGGACGCAGUCGGAUGAUUUGACGAGGGCACUGAUUCAGAUUCCGGUAUUGUUGUAUACUAUUGAGCAGGUGUUUAUGGCGCAGAUUUUGGUGUAUGUUUUCAAGUGGUAUUUGAGGCGGGCUGCUAAGGCUGAGGGGGAUGAGGAAGGGGGCAGUGUUGGGUCUGGGGGUGUGAGUGUAGCUGGGCAAGGGAGGGGGGAGAAAGAGGGAGAUCGGUCGUCCGAGAAGUCAACUGGCGAGAGGGAUGACGAGAAGAAGGGCGGAGAGGUCAAGGACGGGAAUAAUGUAGUGCCCGUCAAGACCAUUUCUGAGACAUAG